CUUAGGGCCCAAUGCAAAAACAUUGACGCAAAUCUACGUACUAGCAAAAUACAGCCCGAGUUUUUCAAUCGAAAUCUAACUCGCCCUAAUGACCCGCGAGCCCUUUCCAUCCGAUUGUCAAAAGCCUCGCAGUUGCAACAUGGCGGUCGCCGUUUGAUGUCUGCUCGAUCGUCCGUCAGUUAAAGCAGCUCAUAUGGGUGUUCCCUGUAAUGUGUAUCUGUACGUUUGAAAUGUUGGAAAAUUCGAACAGCUAUACCACUCAACUAAUCUAAAAAUGUGGUUAUAUUAAUUAUUUCUAUAUUAACAUUAACUCCAUAUACCCAAAACCGAUAGCCAAACAAAUUUCUUGUACUUGUGUGUAUUUGUUGAGAACCUGUGGCAGACAUUAGAAGAACAGCGGCAAAUGUCAUUAUAACCAAAAGUGACAAAAUGGACGAACUGGAAAGUACCAGUGCUCAAAAGUUCUCCCAACUGAGUUUCGACCCUGAAAAAUAUGUAUCGGGCAUUGUGCAGCGUGCUGGAACAGUGGAAAGAAUCCUUCAAGAGAAGCAGGCCGUCCUGAAUCUUCAAGAACAGACUAAUCAUCAACUUAAGAAAAAUGUCUAUGACAACUAUAAGCAAUUCAUCGAUACCGCCAAAGAGAUUUCAUAUGUGGCGAGCGAGAUGCACCAACUCCGCGAUAUGUUACAUCGCCAGGAACAACUGCUGCAUGCUAUGACAGGAUUAUCAAUCGUACAACACAAAGGCGGCAAAGCCGGUAUUCAAGGAGAUCUGUUGGCCGAUGACGGACCUGACCACGUGGACCACAAACGUAAUCAGACCGCCAUUCAGGGGGACCAAGAUAAUCACUCCGGUGGACCCGGGAACCGCAAGGAAAAUAUAUCGUUUCUCCUUGAAAAAGUUGAAGGGGUGGCUCGAUUAUUGGAUGGUAGUGACAAGACCCUAAUAAAGGCAGGAGAAGCUAUUCUUCUUGAACGAGACGAUUCCGUUAAGGUUUAUAUUUGUCUUUUAACGGAUUCACUUCUGGUGGCGGAUUUACUUCCUGUAAAGCGGGGUACGAUUCAGUAUCGCCUUCGAUGGGUAUUCGAACUCGAUUCACUGGCGGCCGUCGACGCCAAUGCGCCAUCACAACUGAAAAUGCUUGUCUUUCCACAGAGCAUACUUCUGCAGAUGGAGUCGCUUCAGGAAAAGGUGUCAUGGAUAGAAGCAAUUCGUGCUGCGAAACAGCAGAAAUUGUCGCGGCAAGCAGUGGCAAACUCGCGACUUGCGCAAGAUUACCCGGGUUUGGCACUGGCAUUAGGUCAAGGUGAACCUGAUGAAGAGGGUGAGGGUACCCCAAUGCCUGAUUGGCUUGUCGAUCUUCCUGAUGACCUGGAUAUUUGUAUCGCAGAAAGAAAUUUUGAGCAGGCUGUCAGAUUGCUACAAAAAGCUCAAGACUAUUGGCCCACGCAGGAAGGCGAUACGCAGGAAAUAUCCAAUUCAGCCCGUGACGUUAAACUGAGAAUCGAUAAGCGCCAUGAGCAGCUAGUCAAGGUGCUUUGUGGUGAGUUAAGUGCUAGCGGUAGCGGUUCGUUGCACGGUGGGCCCCGGGCAGCGAAAUGUGCUGUUUCUUUGCUUAUUCAAUUGGGUCGAGCCUCGGUGGCGGCCCGACUAUUCCUCGAGCAUCGAGCCACAUUACUUCGUAGCAACACAAAGAGUCAGAGCUUGCACGCCGAAGGUGCGCUAACGCUGUACGUUAAGAGAGUCUGUGGAGUAUUUUUCAGUCACAUGGCAGAAACAGGUCGUCAGUUCCAAAAAGCCUUUAUUCCUCAUUCAACAGCUAUAGCCUCUGCUCUGAUAAGUUGGUGCCGCUCGCAGUUGGUCUGGUUCGUUCAAAUGCUUUCCCGUCAGCUGUUCACCCCUCAAACGCAGCUGUCAGCGGUUGCCGAAGCGGUCGCGAUCUGCCGAUCAGCCUGCCACGCGCUAAACGAAAUCGGUCUAGAUUUCGAGUUUGUUCUAAUGCGAGCUCUCCGCCCAGAUCUCCAGAGAUGCAUAACCGAUGGGCGAGAUAAGAUCCUCGAGGCCAUUAAGCACCGGGCAAGUGAAGACGUUUGGAAACCUCAAAAGAUCGACGACACAUGGCAGGUGUCAUUGGAACGCAUCGGCCUUCGAAUCUCUGUAGAACAGCUGUACGACGAUGCGUCUAUGACGUACCUAACAAACAAUUCAAUAGCAUUCGCCAAGGCUCUGCUGCUAUUUACUGGAGACACGAUAGCGUUGCUGGAUAGUCCCUCGCACGGCCUUAUCGCUUCCGCCCUCCGAGAUGUCGUGGCCGCGCAUCGUCGACAUAUAGCUAAUGCCCUCGCCACCACGAAGCUUAAGUCCGAUAUUAAGUUUAUACAGCGGAACGAAGUAUUCUUAGCUACCGAUUUGGCAAAAUCAGUGGAACGGAGAUGCCAACAAUCCGCCCAGGCUUGUCUGCUUUGGCUUAACAUACGGUCGGCGUUUGAUGAUGAAUCACAGAAGUUUUAAAUGGAUACUGUUCAUUUUCGCUACUAUGUCAUUAUUCAUUGUUUUUAUUUUGUGAAGCUUAGCAACAUAUGGUUAGCUUUAUAUAGUAAAAACGGUGCUGUGACUCAACAAUAACCCCGAUUUUUACAAAAUAAUCUAGAAUUUAUUUUAAUAAAUGCUGGCAUUAUGACGGGGAGUCAAAUAUUAGCAUUAUUACCAUGGUUUUCUAAUGGUAUGCAAGUAAUGACAAAUGAAAUCCUCGUCGUACGUCACCCAUCGACGAAGAUAAAAUUUUAAGUGCCUGUACGUUACAGUUUGGAAUGAUAAGUGGUAUUACGGUCUACUGACCGUAAAUGAAGCUAAGUAUGGAUACUAUUCUAAAUAAUGAAGAUUCUCUACACUGUAUGAUAAACGACAUUUGGCUAAAAAUUGCCAGUUCGUGAGGUUUACUGUUUCACUUGACCUCGUUAGUGACUUUGCAAUAUAGAUUAUGUAAUUAUACAGGUAUGAUUUUCGAACUUCAAUCUUGUUUAGCUGUGCUAUCGAACUGGAAAUGAGCAAGUACCAGUUAAGUAAUUUAAGGCUAUAAUGCUCCGAAGUACCGUAGGGCUAACACAAAAAAUGCGGAGUAUUUCAACGAACGUAUGUUUGCUAAACAGGCAUAAAGAAAGUACGAAUUGAGUGUCGUAAUUAAAAAAGUGGAAAAUACGAUAUAUAUUAUGAUAAAAAUACCGUUAAUAUAUUGUUUUUAUCCAAAUAUUCUAUAUAAAUUAAUCUAUAAAUAGUCGUUAUUACGUUAUUAUUUGAAACAGAUAGGAUUUCUUAUAUUCGAUUGCCCGGUCUCACGGACAAUCUUUAAGUCACUGUAAUUUUGAUAAAAAACGUUCAUUGCAGAUUUAUGCGAGUCCUCUUCGUCGACUAAUUGUAGAAUACCGUUCCUUUUGAUUUUAACGCGGGAGAAUAGUACAACAUUACAGGUUGUAUAUUCUGUUGCACCUUGUCACAAGGUCUGGUCUGCUUGCUGAAAUGAAAAUCACAUCGAAGAAAAUUUUGGUUUCAUCUUUGGGUUGGCCCAUAUCUGCGGCUCGCAUGGAAGUGAAGGCGCCAGCCAUUUUUUAAGCUAUAUAUACAUAUAUGUGGUGGGUGGGUCGCAAUAUAAUAAAGUGGGACGAAAAAGUUAAUAUUUGCAAUGCAAGUAGACGUGAAAUAUCGGUGGCACAUCUGCGGUAAACAGUGAAUAAAACGUAAUCUCCUUUUUUGCGAACGUUGCUUUUUUAUUGGCUAAGUUCUGUAUAACCGCGAUAUAAAGGAUUAUUAAGGUAGCAUAAAUAAGUCAAGAGGAAAAAAUGAACUAUGAAGCUCUAUAAAUGAUACAGGCUGUUGUAAACAAGGUUUGCCGGCUACUGUUCCAUUUAAUUAUCUUUUUCCGAAUCGAUUUUUCUGCCACCAAACCGUGCUGCGGAUGAAAGUUUGAUUUUUUCGGCUAAUAUGUCUAACUGAACAUUGUUUUUUUCUAUAAGAAUGCAUACAACAAACAUCUAUACAUUUGAUGUUUAUCCAGCAUCCUUUCCGCAAUGGAUGCACCAGAGACCUAAUCAUUGCACUAAAUUUUUCGAAGGACCGGAUAAUAGUCCCAGUCAUUGCCGCGUAUGGAUCUUUUAUUGACGUAUUAUUGGACUUUUCUUUUUAAUGUUGUAUGCCAGAGGGAAAAAUACUGGCUAUUCAACGGCACAGAAAAAACUUUCGUUUCGUGGUAAAUACGGGGGUACAUCAUCGGCAGACGACAAUCGCAGGGCUAUUGACUUGUACCGCCGUCAUAAUCUGUCAUACCGCUUUCGGACAGUCAUCUCACAGAUUGAUAAAUAUCAUAGUCUGACUUGAGCGCUCGCUGUCGUAACGAACAAGAUUCUGGCAUCUAUAUUGCUUUGGGGUGGUGAUGAUAGAGCAUACACAAUACAGAACUAUUAAAAGCCAACUAACUUAUACGUUAAAUAUUUGACUUUAUAAACGUAAAUAUUUGAGUUUAUAAAGUUAAAUAUUUAACUUUACAAAAGUUAAGAGCCGCAAAAUUCUAUUGGGCCGAAAAUAUAAAAGGAUAUUUUCUACGAUGUAAACAUACAUGUGUGAAUGAGUAUUAAACCAAUUGAAAAUCCUAUAGGUUUCUAAUAAAAAAGGUCAACCUUUUUUAUGAGCAGGCUAUCAUAAUAAUCACUAUUUUGUUAUUUAAAAGUUGCCAAACUUCACUGGCUAGCCAUUGUAGCUAUGGUAAUGGUCCUACAUUACACAAUUAUGUCGUCGAAUUGUAACGCAUCGGAAAUUACAGAAGAGAAAUGACAAGCAAGUAUAAAAUGAAUUUUGUAGAAGCCUAAAAAAAAUAAAACCUAACACGUCGACCAUAACGAUAAUAACAGUAAUGUAACAAAGAGUUGAAAUGAAGCGAUGAGACACUUUAGACAAAAUAGAUAGAUUGCAUGCAUAAGUGUCCAAUGAUCUUCUGCUGCUCACAUACAGCUUCCAGCAAAUUUCUCAUGGUCCUACUGAUCAUGUCUCAGAGACGUUUCUGGUCAUGAAAGUGUAUCUUGUUAUUUUGGUUCUGUUAUCAGAUAGCUCAGCCAGUGAAGCAUAUUGUAUUGUGGGUAUAUCUCAUGUAGCCCAGUUUUUAUUUAUUAUAUAUAUAUAUAUUACAGCUCGCAAUACGCAAUCAUCUGCCAAAGAGGUCAGGACUUCGAUAAAGUGAACAGCUUCGACAAGGUCCCUUGUCUAAUAUCUCUUGUUUAAUGGUUAUUAUUGGCGGA